AUGGAGGAGACGGAAGGGACCCUGUGGCACCAGUUCCCGUUGCUCCUGCCCCAGAACCUGGCGAAAACCGUGUAUGAAGGCUUCAUUACCGCGCAGGGAAGAGACUUCCAUCUUAAAAUAUUGUUGCCUGAAGAUUUGCAGCUGAAGAAUGCCAAAUUACUAUGUAGUUGGGAGCUAAGGACAGUACUUUGUGGAUACCAACAAAUAAUACAACAAAGAAUGAAGCACUCUCCUGAUCUAAUGACCUUUAUGAUGGAGUUGAAGAUGGUCUUGGAAGUUGCUUUAAAGAAUAAACAAGAAAUGCAUGCACUACCUCUUCCUCCCCAGUUCUACUCAAGCCUCAUUGAAGAAAUAGGAAUUAUUGGUUGGGAUAAACUUGUAUAUGUGGAUUCUUCCUUCAGUACCAUCAAGUUAAAAGCUGAAGAUGCUUCUGGUAGAGAGCAUCUAAUCACUCUCAAGUUGAAAGCAAAGUACCCUGUGGAAUCACCAGAUUGUUUUGUGGAUUUUCCUAUUCCAUUUUCUGUUUCCUGGACUACACAGAGCUCCAUAGUAAGCAUUCACAGUCAGUUUUUGGCAGCUUUGGAAUCACUAAAGUCAUUCUGGGAUGUUAUGGAUGAAAUCGAUGAGAAGACUUGGGUACUUGAUCCAGAAAAACCUACACGGAGUGCAACAGCACGCAGAAUUGUAGUAGGGAACAAUGCUUCCAUCCACAUCGAGGUGGACCCCAAGCACCCCACUAUGCUUCCCGAGUGCUGCUUCCUUGGCGCUGACCAUGUGGUGAAACCCCUGGGAAUUAAGCUGAGCAGAAACAUACAUUUGUGGGAUCCAGAAAAUACUCUAUUACAAAAUUUGAAAGAUGUUUUAGAAAUUGAUUUCCCAGCUCGUGCUGUCCUAGAAAAAUCUGAUUUUUCUAUGGAUUGUGGAAUUUGUUAUGCCUACCAACUUGAUGGUGCCAUUCCUGAUCAAGUGUGUGAUUAUUCCCAGUGUGGACAGCCUUUCCAUCAAAUAUGCUUAUAUGAGUGGUUGAGAGGACUGCAGACUAGUCGACAGAGUUUUAACAUUUUAUUUGGUGAAUGUCCAUAUUGUAGUAAGCCAAUUACCUUGAAAAUGUCUAGGAGAAAGCCCUAA